AUGGCAUCGUUAAGCCAUCUUCCCCUGGAACUCAUCCUCUCGGUAGCUGGAUACUUGGCCACCCAACGCGAUAUCAGUCAUCUCAUGCAGACGACCCAACGUCUAUAUCACACGCUACACCAAUUCCUGUGCGAGUACAAUGUCCGACAUGGUGAAAGCUCGGCCCUCCCAUGGGCUGCCCAAAAGGGAGAGGCUCGCUUGGUGACCAAACUCCUCACUGCCGGGGCCAACAUUGCGGCCUAUUCUCCCUCUCCCCGAUAUGUGAAGAGGAAGGUUAAGAGAAGCAGGGACAUCGACCCUUGGGCCAAGAAUAACCCUUUGUUAUACGCAGCCCAGGGAGGCCACACAGAAAUCCUCAAAACACUUCUUGGGGAGACCCGCUCGGGCCAGGCAGCAUCGCCGGCACAGUUACGAUCGGUUCUGCAUUGGGCGCUGCGCCAGCACGAUGAAAAGCUAGUUGAGCUAAUGUUUGCCCACAAAGCCCCCUUGGAUCCUGCAACCGAGUCAAGCGGGGCCCCGUCGGCCCUCGGGGUCGCCGUGGCCGCCGGCUAUAAGGCCAUCCUCCCCCGACUCCUCGCUCUUGGGGCACGUCCGGGGCCUAAUGAGUGCCCAUGCCCAACCGAGCGGGCUAUUUCCACCAACCAGUCUGAAGUUAUGCGGCUGUUGUUAGAUCAUGGUUUUGGUCUUCACGGCGAUGAUGCAGUGUGUCACCUUGCCCAUAAAGAUGACCGCGACACGCUUCUGCUUUUGCUCACAUACGGUAUGGAUCUCGUGCAAUACGGUUCAGCAGCCCUGUUUACGGCCAUUCGAGACGGCCACUACGAGAUGACUGAACUCUUGAUCGAUAACGGGGCGAUCAAGGAUGUACUUUGUGAGCUGUAUCCACAGUCUGGCCUCAUGCUCGGUACUGAGUAUAGCGCGGUCGCUAUUGCUAUAUUGUAUGAACGGCUUGAAAUCUUGAGGCUCCUCCUCGACAAAGGCUUCCUCCCCGGUCCACAGGACUUGAAACUUGCAACUGAACGGAACUUUAUCGAGGCUGUGCCGCUUUUGACACCUUUCGCAGAACGCGACCUACACCACGGCCACGUUAUCAACAUGUGGCACGCCUUUCAAUGGGACCCUAAUAACCCUAGACCCAGGGAUGGAUCCAUGUGGGAUAUUCAAUCUCGCGCUCAGGGAAUUAUUGAUACUUCUGGAACUAGAGAGCCAGAGCCAGUAGAUUUGUGGAAUAAUGCUGUGUCCAACCAUAGGUUCGAAGAUUCUGACGGUGACUACAGCUCGGAACUUGAGGAGAUUUGGAGGAGUGAGAAUAAGUACGGUAUAAUACAUGUCUGUUAG